ACUUGGCUGAGGGGGUAUCGGCGGCGGCGGGCAGCCGGAGCGCGAUGGCGGCCGAGCGGGGCCGCUGGCGGCAGCAGGACCCGGACGCGCCAGGGCAGCGGCGGCCGAGGCGGCGGCAGCACCAGCAGCAGCACCAGCAGCAGCGCCUCGGGCUCCAGGCCGGGCUGAGGCGGCGGCCGAGCGGGGCGGGCCGGGCCUGGCGAGGCGGCAGGGGGUGCUGAGGGGCCUCAGGCCUGCCGGGCGCCAUGAGCCAGGGCAGCGGCGGCGGCGGCGAGCCGGAAGCCAAGGCUCUCCACACCAAGAGGCUCUACCGAGCUGUGGUUGAAGCAGUGCAUCGAUUGGAUCUCAUUCUUGGAAACAAGGCAGCUUAUCAAGAAAUAUUUAAGCCGGAGAACAUCAGCCUGAGAAACAAGCUCCGCGAACUGUGUGUAAAGCUGAUGUUCCUGCACCCCGUGGACUAUGGGAGGAAAGCCGAGGAGCUGCUGUGGCGGAAGGUUUACUACGAAGUCAUCCAGCUGAUUAAAACAAAUAAAAAGCACAUUCAUAGUCGUAGCACCCUCGAGUGCGCUUACCGGACUCACCUGAUUGCUGGCAUUGGGUUUUACCAACACCUGCUCCUCUACAUUCAGUCUCACUAUCAGCUGGAGUUGCAGUGCUGCAUUGACUGGACCCACGUUACAGAUCCCCUGAUAGGUUGCAAGAAGCCAGUCUCUGCAUCAGAGAAGGAGAUGGACUGGGCUCAGAUAGCUUGCCAUCGGUGUCUGGUUUACCUGGGAGAUUUAGCUCGAUAUCAGAACGAAUUGGCAGGUGUAGACACAGAAUUGCUGGCUGAAAGGUUUUACUAUCAAGCUCUUUCUGUUGCACCACAAAUUGGGAUGCCUUUUAAUCAACUUGGGACCCUGGCUGGGAGUAAGUACUACAACGUGGAAGCUACCUAUUGCUACUUGCGCUGCAUCCAGUCGGAAGUCUCCUUUGAAGGUGCUUAUGGGAAUCUCAAGCGCCUCUACGACAAGGCAGCCAAAAUGUAUCACCAGCUGAAAAAAUGCGAGACGCGGAAGCUGUCUUCGAGCAAAAAAAGGUGCAAAGACAUUAAAAGGUUGCUGGUGAGCUUCAUGUAUUUGCAGAGCCUCUUUCAACCAAAGAGCAGUUCUGCCGACUCGGAGCUGACCUCUCUCUGCCAGUCAGUCCUGGAAGAAUUCAACCUCUGCCUUUUCUACCUGUCCUCUUCGCCCCACACCAGCUCUACCCCGGAGGAGGAGGAGGAUUGGGAGAACGGCUGCUCCUUCUUGCCGGACCUGCUCAUCUUCCGCAUGAUUGUCAUCUGCCUGAUGAGCGUUCACAGCCUCAAGAGGGCAGGCUCCAAACAGUACAGUGCAGCCAUUGCCUUCACCCUGGCCCUCUUUUCACACCUGAUUAACCAUGUCAACAUCCGCCUCCAGGCCGAACUGGAAGAAGGAGAGAACCCAGUUCCAGCCUUCCAGAACGAUGGCACCGAGGACUCCGAGGUCCGGGAGUCGGCGAACUCGGUCGAGAGAGCAACGGAGGCCGACUCCGCCGUCCACCGAGCCCCGGGGGAGCCCCGGCAGAACGACAGCCCCAAGGGCAAGAAGUACCCGCGCCUCUCUUGCCUGCGCCGUCGCCGCCGGGCCCAGAAGCUGGACGAGAGCGAUCUGAGCGAGGGCUUCGAUUCGGAUUCCAGCCCGGAGUCCACCAAAGUGAGCGGCGCCUCGGAUACCGGCUCCGAGAAGAGCGACGAGGAGGCCGAGGCGGCGUUCGACAUGGAGACCGAUUCCGACAUGAACAGCCAGGAGUCCCGAUCAGAUCUGGAGGACAUGGAGGAGGAGGAGGAGGUGGUGGCGGCGGCCGAGGCCGAAGGGGCCGGCCGGCCUGGGGGGGUCAAGAACGGGACCAGGGGAGCCCCGGAUUCGGUGGCAGGCGAAGGGGGUCGUCUGGCGGACUCAAAGGACUCUGGCCUUGCCAAGACGGACCCUCCGGAGCCCGUGGCCAACGGGCCAGGCUCCUCGGUCAGCAGCGAGGCCAGCAUCGCCAGCAACCUGCAGGCCAUGUCCACGCAGCUCUUCCAGACCAAGCGAUGCUUCCGGCUGGCCCCCACUUUCAGCAACGUCCUCCUCAAGCCGGGCUGUGGGCCGCCCGCCCCGAAGGAAGCGGCAGGAGAUGGCAAGCUUUGCGUCAACGGGGACGUGGAGAGGUCCGCUGCACCUGAGCCAGACGACGUUUCCGAGUCGGAAGAAAGCAUCUCCAGCAGCAGAUCCUGUCGGAACGAGCGUUCUCUGCAAGAGAAGCUGGAAAUCAUAAGUGGACAAGGGCUGCUGCCGACGGUCAAGGUGUUCCUGGACUGGCUGAGAACCAACACCGACCUCAUCAUCAUGUGUGCGCAGAGUUCCCAGAGUUUAUGGAAUCGGCUUUCCGUCCUCCUGAACCUGCUUCCUUCAGCGGGAGACCUGCAAGAAUCAGCGUUGUUUCUCUCCAGCGAAGUGAAGAGCAUGUUGCCGGGUUGCGAACUUCCCGACCUGAGUACCUGCUCGCUCCUCCCAGAAGAUGUGGCCCUCCGCAACCUGCCCCCCUUGAAGGGCGCGCACAAGAGGUUUAACUUCGAGCAGGACCGGCCCGCCCUUACCGAAGUGGAGGAGUCCGUGGUUCGCAUCUGUUGCAUUCGAAGCUUCGGCCAUUUCAUCACCCGUUUGCAAGGCAGCAUCCUGCAGUACAACUCCGAGGUGGGGAUCUUCAUCAGCAUCGCGCAAUCGGAGCAGGACGGCCUCCUGCAGCAGGCCCAGGCGCAGUUCCGCAUGGCUGCCGAGGAAGCCCGCCGGAACAGGCUGAUGCGUGACAUGGCUCAGCUUCGGCUGCAGCUGGAGGUGUCCCAGUUGGAAGGAAGUCUCCAGCAGCCCAAGGCUCAGUGCGUGAUGUCCCCGUAUCUGGUCCCAGACACCCAAGCCCUCUGCCAGCAUCUCAGCCCCAUCAGGCAGCUGGCCGCCAGCGGGAGAUUCAUCGUCAUCAUCCCACGGACAGUCAUUGAUGGCUUAGAUUUCCUGAAGAAGGACAACGCAGGCGCUCGUGACAGCAUCCGAUACUUAGAAGCAGAAUUUAAAAAGGGAAACAGGUACAUUCGCUGUCAGAAAGAAGCCGGGAAAAGUUUUGAGAGGCAUAAACUGAAGAGACAAGAUUUAGAUGCUUGGAACCUCUAUAAGAUCCUGGACAGCUGUAAGCAGCUGACGGCUUCUCAGGGGAGCAGCGAAGACGACACGGCUGGCAUGGUGACCGUCAUCACCGGAUUCCAACUCCAGGAGCCCAGCAAACUUUCUGCUCCCAUGCAGUCCGCCAUCCAAGCAGCGGCCAGCGCCAGCAUUGAGAUCCAGAACGUGCUGGAGUUCUACAAGCACUGGAAAGAGAUGGGCUGAGCCCCCCCGCAGGACCACCGGGUUGGUUGAAGCUCCGUCUGCCCGUCUCUGGACGCACCGCUUUGGAACGAAAGAUGUCAAACCGCAGGCGAUAACUUGGACACGACGCCACCGCCGCUGCCUCCGCGGCGGCAACCCACCCAAACGAGCAAACCGGGCGUGUGCGCCAAACGCGCAUGCGCGCGCACCCACCCACCGCCACUGCCCCUCCAUCACCUCCCCUCCCGCAGAGGAGGUGGCGCGCGUGGGGACGUCGCAGCCCCUCAGGGGGAAGAGAGGCACACCUUGGCCGCGCCCAGGAGAGGCCGCGGCGGGCGGGCGGGGGCUCCGUCCUCAACGCUCGCUCGGCUUCUCCUCGUCAGAAAAGGCGCGGGCGGCUCGGCUCCCGCGCUUCACCAUGAAACCAAACGGAAAUUCACUCGGUUUUGGCGGGGAGUGAUGAGGAUCGCCAGAGGGAGGCGCUCUUGGAAACCGGUGGUGGGGAAAGGGGCGCGGUCUCUCCUUCGUUUCUAAUUUAAUGUUCCUUUUUUCCCCCCCUCCUCCGUCACUGUGUUUCUUGGGCGAACUUGCCCAUUUUGGGGGGAAGGGGGGGGGCUCGUUUCGGGCAAGACGGGCGCCAGUCGGACUUUGAAAUCUUGGAACGACGGCCAGGGUGGCAAGGGGACUGGGGACGUUUUAGGACAGGAACUAUUUAUUUCCUGGCCCGGCUUCUUCUUUCUCCAUCUUUGUCUCCCCCCCCCCCCCAAACCCAUAAUUUCCUUUUCCUCUAAGCUGUCCCAACCAGGCCUUCCUUCUCUGCAGCCUUUGCAUGCUGUCUGCCCCCCCCCCCUGACACUUUCCUGGAUGCAGGGGAGGGGGGGCAAUCCCUGCGAAGAGAAAAACGCCAGCCAGCCUUUGCGGCACCGUGCCCUGCUUGUCCCGUCCCUUGGUGUCACUUCCUGGAGAAAGAAAAAGCUAGAAAGGGGGGGGGGGAACAAAACACCCAUGCUAAUUUUUUUUUUAACCGGGGUCUGACUCUGACGAACGCUUCUUGCCCUGGUUUACGACCCGCGUUUCCCUUGAGAAGGCGAGAAGCAGGAGAGAAUAAAGGGGUGGCAACUGCCCCACUAGGUGACCGGAGCAACAGGUGUUUGGCCAGCCGUCCCUUCACCCUUCUUGGAGGCUGGGCUAGCCCGAUCGAGCAUCUUCUUUAUCGCUCUGAAUCCCACCAGAGACGUUGUCCUCGUGUUUCUUGCGCUUCGCUUAUUCUGACAGCCGGGAAGAAAGGGGCGUUGGCGGGCCCGGAAAUCCAUUUUUCCUAGCCUUCCCUGAGAGGGAGCCGCGAGGCCUGGCUCUGCCUUGCCUGGACGUGGAAAGGAAGCGUGGGACGUCCAGCAGCCACGUGGACGUCCGCCUCCCUCAGCCUGGCAUCCCUCUCCCUGUUUCGUUGGACGGCAGAGAAAAUGCCUUUGCUUUGAUCUCAUCCUCCACCUGCACUGCAGCUUUGGUGACCAGACAUCGCAGCCUUUGGCUGCUUCUCUCUCCCUCUCUUCUUCCUCUUUCCUUCCUUCCUUCCUUCCUUCCUUCUCUCUCUCUCUCUCUCUCUUUCCUUCCUUCCUCUCUCCCUCUCUCCUUCCUUCCUCCUCUCUCUUUCCUUCCUCCUCUCUCUUUCUCUCCUUCCUUCCUUCUCUCUUUCCUUCCUUUCUCUCUCUUCCUCUCCCUCUCUCUCCUUCCUCUCUCUUUUUGUCUGUUUCUUCCCCCUGCUGCCCCCCCUCCAAGAUCCACCCUGGAGAAGGCAGCUCUUCCCAUCUCCUUCCCUUUUGGAGUGGUGGGCAGAUCAGGAGCAGGUUGGCUCUAGGAGGCCCCCCCCCCCCGACCCCCGGCUUGCUGUCGCAGAAGCGGUGCCCGGGAAAAAAAGGGGUUCUGCGGAAGGGUCCUCUCCUGUUAAGGCUGUUCCUGCUUUUGACUCCUGGCAAUGGAAUUGACCCUCCCACCCCCCAGGAAGGGAUCAAGGGGAGAUGCCCCUCCACCUGCAGGGAGACCCCGAGGGAGGCUGGGUUGUGGGGGGUCUGAGCACAUUUGGCUUGUAAGACAUCUGCAGGAGAGCAAACUCGGCAACGGUCGACAUCCGUGGGGUGAUCAGCACACUGUUGGCUGGCAUUGAUUUAAUUUGGGACUCUGUUUUUUGGGGGGUGGGAUGGGGUGGGGUGGGUCGAAGCUCAUUCAGAAGGGACAUUUUUAAAAUAGAGCGUAAAGAGUCUCCGCCCCGGCAAACGAGGCUGACGGUCUCGUCGGGGGGCUUCUCUUCAAGUGGUUGUGGGAGGGACAAGGGGGUGCAUCGGUCUGAGCCAUGGCUGGCCUAUCUGUUGGACAAUGUCAGAGCAUUUUUUUUUUAAUUUUUAUCGUUUUUGGAGCAAGGGGAAUUGCAUUGCCAUAAUAAACAUUUGUGAAAUCAGA